AUGCCGGAGAUUAAUUUCACGGUGAACGACACUGCAUAUACGAAGGGCUAUUAUCUAACAGAUGGAAUAUAUCGCGAGUGGGCUACUUUUGUUAAGGCUUUUCCUUGCCCGGAGGAUCCCAAGAGGAAGUUGUUUAAGGAAAGACAGGAGUCUGCAAGAAAAAAUGUUGAACGGGCAUUUGGGGUGAUCCGAUCUCGAUGGGCGAUUGUCAGAGGUCCAACUCGGUAUUGGUAUAGGAAAAAGUUAAAACAAACCAUGUUAGCAUGCAUUAUUUUGCAUAAUAUGAUUGUUGAGGAUGAGGGAGGUCAUGUGACAAAUUGGUACAACGAAGAAGGUGACGAACCCGCACAACCUAUCCAUGGCUCAAACCGAGGAUUUCAGGAUUAUCUUCGAACAAAUUCUGAGCUACGUGACACUCAAGUUCAUCACCAACUUCGCGCCGACUUAGUUGAGCAUAUCCUGGGGCAAUACAACAACAAUUCGUGA